AUGACGACGACGACGAUUACUCCUAGCCGUUAUCUUUUUACUCUCUCCCUCAGCCUCCUACUCAGCCUCUCCGCCACCCACGCCGAUGACGGCGACGUCACCUACUCCAUCACCAACAACGUCCCCGCAACCAAAGGUGGCUCGAGGUUCCGUUAUCGCAUCGGCGCCGUCUGUGCCAGAGAGGCCAUGGUCUCGGCCACGUCAUUCAUAUGGCUCACCUUCGGCCAAGCCAAUACCACCAAGGACAGAAAGCCCGUCAGCCACGUCAGACUGUCCAUAGACGCGAUGGACGGCGGCGGCAUCUCGUCCUACACCCCAGGUGUGAUCCACAUCAGCGCCACCUACCUCGGGGACUACGAGGGUGACGUGGCGAGGGAGAUGACCGGGCUUAUAUACCACGAGAUGACGCACGUGUGGCAGUGGGACGGGAACGGGCAGGCUCCACCGGGCCUGGUCAGUGGGAUCGCCGACUUCGUGAGGCUGAAGUCUGGCCACGGGCCGGGUAACUGGGCCGGCCCGGGAAAGGGUGAGAGGUGGGACGAAGGGUAUGAAGUAACCGCGAGGUUCUUGGAUUACUGCGAGAGCAUGAAGGAAGGGUUUGUGGAGGAGCUGAAUCGGAGGAUGAGGUUCGAGUAUAAGCAGAACUACUUUAAGCACUUGCUUGGGAGGAGCAUUCACGAGCUUUGGGCCGAGUACAAGAACAAGUUCAAAGCUUAA